AUGUCUUCUACCAGCCGCGACCCCUCAGAAACACGGCCUUUGCUCCAGCAAUCUACGCCCGAGUCUUAUCGCUCGGCCGACGAUUUAGGAGCCGCGACGCCGCCGUCUGCAUCGCUUAACAAAGCAUCCGGGACCGAUCUUGCAUGGGUCUUGGCCGGACUAUGGAGUGCGGUCUUCUUGGGCGCUCUCGACGGCACCAUCGUUGCAACGCUCUUGACUCCCAUCGGCAGCUACUUCAAUGAGUCGAACAGGUCGUCCUACAUUGGAACAUCAUAUCUCUUGUCGGUAUGCUGUUUUACCCCACUAUACGGUCGCCUGUCAGACAUAUUGGGACGCAAAGGAGCAAUGCUGCUAGCUCUGUCUCUCUUCGGAACGGGGACAUUCCUGUGCGGUUUGGCUCCUUCAAUGGACGCUCUUAUCAUCGCACGGGCGGUUGCAGGCAUGGGCGGCGGGGGGGUCAUGACAGUAUCCAGCGUUGCUGUGACUGAUUUGAUACCUCUGCGUCAACGAGGGUUGUAUCAGGGAAUGACGAACAUUCUUUUCGGACUCGGUGCCGGCCUGGGUGGGCCAUUGGGAGGCUGGAUGAAUGACAACUUUGGAUGGAGAUCUGCGUUCCUCUUCCAGAUGCCAAUCUUGUUGUUCUCCUUCGUCCUAGUAACGGCGAAGGUGUCGAUCAAGCUUCCAGACGAGAUCGAGGCACAGAGUCUGCAUGCUAAGAUCCGUCGGAUAGACUUCUUCGGCUCCUUGACCCUUGUUGGGACGGUAGGUUGCCUCUUGCUUGGGUUCAGUCUCAAGUCGACAGAAGAGCUGCCAUGGUCGGAUCCUCUCAUCUGGGGCCUGCUGGUUGCUAGCGUCGUGUGGUGUAUUCUGUUCAUCCUCGUCGAGACAUAUCACUCGCCAUACCCGGUAAUGCCUAUAAGGCUCAUCAAACAACGGACGCCGCUUGCAGUUUCUCUGGCUUGUUUCUUCGGCAGCGUAGCCGCGUUCUCCAUGCUGUAUAAUGUCCCAUUAUAUUUCUCUGCUGUUAGGCUAAACUCCUCAACCGACGCCGGUCUCCACUUAUUGCCCCAUUCGGUAUCCAUUUCAACAGGAAGUGUAUUCGCCGGCUGGGUCAUGAGGAGAACGGGAAAGUUGUACAACUUGACCAUAAUCUCGGGACUCUUAACGGUCGUCGCCACGACAUUAGUUGUAUUCUGGAACGACAAAACGUCUGCGUUUCACUUAUGGUUUGAUAUCGUACCGCAAGGGUUGGGAAUGGCUAGUGUGAUCACGACGACUUUAAUUGCGAUGAUUGCUAGUGUAGCGAAGGAGGAUAUGGCCGUGGCCACCGGCAUAACUUAUUUGUUCCGGACUACCGGGCAGGUUCUCGGAGUCAGUUUAAGUGGAGCGCUGUUGCAGGCAGUUCUGACCAGAAAGCUGCGAGAGCGUAUCACAGGGCCGGGGGCAAUCGAGAUCAUCGAGAAGAUUCGCCACUCGACGAGCAUCAUUCCUGAUCUCAGCCCCCCUCUGCGUGAGGCAGCUGUAAGCUCAUAUGCCGAUGCCUUACGCAUCGUCUUCAUCUGUCAAGCUGCGGCCAAUCUCCUGUGCCUCUUGUGCUGCAUACCAAUCCAAGAGAACCCCUUACCGGGAACGCACGAAGAACAGGAGGCUCAGUAUCGACAACGCAAAAAUACAAGGGAUAGAAGCAUGUCUGACGCCUAA